GUAUUUAGUUUUAGAAUACCUACAUCUUAUUCUGAAGGAUGGAAUUUAUUUGAUAUUGCAAAAUUUGGUGCCCUCUUGGAGGAGCUCCUUAUUAAUCGGCAAGAUGUAAAGAGUAAGAUGUCAAAGGAAAAUGUUUUAAACAAUAACGAAACUGAUCGUGAAGCUGUUGAUGUCUUAGAAUCAUGCGUAUAA